AUGUCAUCAAUCUCGAUGGAUGUACCAACAGUGAAAAUAAAUCCAUCUGGCCUUCAGAAUCUUAUCAAUUUCAUUUUCGCACAUGAGCGAAUUCUUAAAGAAUUUGGCGCACUUAAAAUUCAACUAAGUUCUGAUUGUACAUUAGCAUUGAAGAAACGUAAAAUUUCACCAACCUGUACAGCUACUCAACAAAUUAUGAAAUUGAGUGACGAUGAACCUAUUUACUCUGUUCAUAAAGGGGAAGAUAUUAAUGUAUACGCUAAACAACGAUCACCAAUAACAAACGAAGAGACUUUUUGGUCUUCUCUUUCCAAUUCGGACCAUAAAUUCUAUCAAUCAAGUGUUUCUAUCUUACCAAAUAAGACGUUAUUCUAUAAAAAAUGGCAUCGAAAAUAUUUCGCAAUUCAUUCUAUACCGAGACAGUCACUACUUAAACUAGGCGGCAGCAAGGUGGUCAAUGAAUUUGUUCCUUGUUUAACAAGAACACACGGACCAGGUGCUAUUUUUCCAUUAUCUAGUGCUCAACAACGUCUCUUCUUAUUAGUGUACCAUCACCAGGGUAGUCCCCGUCAUUGGUAUAUUAUUCCUGCGUAUGAACGAGAGGCUUUAAGAAAAAUAGUUCAAAGACAAAACUCUUCAAAUUGUCUUGAACAUGAAGAAUUGUUGAUUGAUCCUCUUAUAUUUGACAAAUAUCAUAUUCGAUAUCAUCGACUUGUUCAAUAUGCAAACGAAUUGGUAGUUUUAUCAGCUGGUGCUUUAGCACAAAGUUUUACAGAAGAUACAAGUUGGAUUGAAUCGGUUGCUUUUGCUUUGCCUAGUUGGAUUCAAGAUGGUCAUGCAAAUUAUCGUAAUUCACCAUGUCAAUGCAAUAUUAACGGUUUUUCUCUACCACAAACAAUCGAUGUUAGUUUAUUUAAGCAUGAGCUUAUACAGAAAUAUAUUGACACAUACCUCAAUAUUGUCGAAGAUGGUAAAAGAUCGGUUACUAAAGGUUAG